AGUAAACCUAACCUACAAAUCGCGCACAUGUUCAUGACAGGUUUUGUGUCGCGGAGGAGACGAGUGUUUUAAAAAAUUUAAUAAAACUAUGCAUUGUAUUAAAAGUGCAUAAUUAAUUAUUAUUACAUACAAUCAUGCAGGUUUCUAAUCAAAAUAAUGUGAAAAUUUACAAUCUCAGUGCCGGAAGAUCACUUCCAGAGUGGUUGUCGGAUAGGAAAAAAAGGAGUUUAGCUAAAAAACAUGUUGAUAUUCGAAGGAGAAUUGAAUUGAUUCAAGAUUUUGAUAUGCCUGUAGUUAGUACAAGUGUUAGAACUUCAAAUGAUGGUCAAUAUGUUUUUGCCACUGGAACUUAUAAACCAAGAGUAAAAUGCUUUGAUGUUAAUAAUUUAUCGCUUAAAUUUGAAAGAUGUUUUGAUGCUGAAGUAGUUACAUUCGAAAUUUUGUCUGAUGAUUACAGUAAACUCGUAUUUCUACAAGACGAUAGAAAUAUCGAAAUUCAUUCAGCUGCUGGAAAAUAUUUUCGAUUAAGAGUUCCACGUUUUGGUCGUGAUAUGAAAUAUCAUUAUCCAUCGUGUGAUUUAUUUGUCGUUGGUGAUAGCAAUGAAAUCUAUCGAUUAAAUCUCGAGAGAGGACAAUUUUUACAAUCCUAUUCAUCAGAGGCAUCAUCAAUAAAUAAAUGUGUUAUUAAUCCAGUUCAUUAUUUGCUAUUCACUGGUACUGAGGAGGGAAAAGUCGACGCAUGGGAUCCAAGAACAAGAAAUAAAACUGGAACAUUAGAUUGUGGAUUUUAUUGUGUCUCUCAGGAUACUUCAUUAAAAUCCGUGCCAUCAGUGACGGCAUUAAAUUGUCAAGGUGGUUUAACAAUAGCCGUUGGUACCGCGACUGGUCAAAUUUUACUUUAUGAUAUAAGAUCAAAUAAACCAUUUUCAACAAAGGAUCAUAAUUAUGGUUUACCUAUUAAAAAUAUCGAAUUCCAUAAGAAUAUGGACCUUGUUUAUUCAAUGGAUAGUUCCAUUGUUAGGAUAUGGGAAAAAAAUAACGGUAAUUUAUUAACAGCCGUAGAGGCGAAUUCUUAUUUUAAUGAUCUUUGCAUUGUUCCUAAUACGGGAAUGUUUUUUAUUGCAAAUGAAGAUGCAAAAAUACAAACUUAUUAUAUUCCAAGUUUGGGACCUGCGCCAAAAUGGUGUGGAUUUCUUGAUAAUCUCACUGAAGAAUUGGAGGAAGAUACACAAGAAAUUGUUUACGAUGAUUAUAAAUUUAUUACUGAAAAAGAACUCGAUGAAUUGGGACUUUCACAUCUUAAGGGUAGUAAUUUAUUGCGUGCUUAUAUGCAUGGUUUCUAUAUGCAUACGAGUUUAUAUAAAAAGGCACGCGAUUUAUUGCAACCAUUUGAUUUGGAGGAGCAUAAAAGGAAGAAAAUUAAGCAAAAAAUUGCUGAGGAACGCGCCAGUAAAAUUCAUUUGGAAAAAACUCUACCAGCUGUUAAUAAGGAUCUUGCUUUGAAAUAUAUGGAUAUGGAUAAGACAAAGAAGAAGAAACCAGUGGAGAAUAUAAUGAAGGAUGAUCGUUUCAAGGAAUUAUUUACAAAUCCCGAUUUCCAAAUUGAUACAAAUGCAGAAGAAUAUAUUUUGUUAAAUCCUGUCAUUUCACAUGCGGAAAAACGUAAACGUAAAAAGAAUGAGGAAGAAGAAAAAAUGAAAGAAGCUGCGAUUCAAGAGGAAGAAGAAGCAGAUGAUAAAACGAGUGCCGAUGAAGAUUUUGAGGAAAGCAGUUCUGACGAUGAAAAAGUUUGGUCGAAAGAAGUGCAGAAAAAAUAUAGAAUGUUAAAGAGAAAGAGGCAGAGAGAAGAAAAGAAUAAGGAGGAAAAUUCAGACGAAGAGCAAGAAGAAAAGGAUUCGAAAAAAUCGAAAUUAUUUGAAAUUAAGGAAACUGUUCAAUUUAACGGUUCUAGGCUACAAAUUCGUAAAACUAACAAAUCAAGUCUUGGAAGAAGAUUACAAGAGGAAGAUAGUAAUUCAAAAGUCACCGGAUUUGGUGGAAAUAGACAAAUGUCAUUCACUAUCGAUAAGCGUAAGCAACAGAAAAGGACAAACGAUCGUCAAACAAUUAACAGAAGAGAAUACAAAGGUCUAUUGCGGCCAGCUCAUAAUAUAGGGAAACGAAAAUUUAAAUAAUAGUUUUUACAUUCAUAAAAAUAAGAAUGUAAAUUGUAAAUAAAAAAGUUUUCUUUUAUUUUAAUUAAAAAA